UCAAUCUCUCUCACACACACCGGCUUCAAAGUUCUCAUACAUGCCGUGAUUUAGCCUACUUCACAGGGUAUGGGGUCCUUUCCUGGGUGCUGUAGUUACUGCUAAGUAUGUAGUGGGAAUGUCUUGCUGUGGUUGAGUUGUGUCUGCUUACAGGCUGGGGGAGACUCUGUCCUGUAACUCGGUGGAGAGAGAGGUGAGAGAUGAAUCUUGCCGAUUCUCCCAGAGAGGGGAGUAAGAUUCCCAAUAAGGUCAUUCUCCCUGGGGACACAGAGGAGGACUUAAUUUAUUCCGGGAUGAGACAUGUCUUUGGGAAGACAGGAGAGACAGUAGCUGCCUCUAAGAGGGAUGUCAAUGGAAAAGCAGAGAGACGUGUACAGGUCAAUCAGAGACUGAAGACAGACCGUCGUGAGUCCGCAUCUAGUAGCAUAUCUUUCCAAAGUGACGUGUCUGUAGAGCAGCCUCCUAAUAUCAGCGAUGGAAAACUCUCAACAAGCAAUAGCCAGACAGAGAGGAGAGACUCAUCGUUCAGCUAUGUUUCUCUGCGUAGUGAUAGCUCCGUUCAGAUGCCACCCAACCUCAGUGAAGAAACUGCAUCUGAGACCACAAGACUGAAGACAGACCGUCGUGAGUCCGCAUCUAGUAGCAUAUCUUUCCAAAGUGACGGGUCUGUAGAGCAGCCUCCUAAUAUCAGCGAUGGAAAACUCUCAACAAGCAAUAGCCAGACAGAGAGGAGAGACUCAUCGUUCAGCUAUGUUUCUCUGCGUAGUGAUAGCUCCGUUCAGAUGCCACCCAACCUCAGUGAAGAAACUGCAUCUGAGACCACAAGGAUGGAGAAACAGAGGAUUAGGCGCUGGCGUGGUCUCUCUAUCCCGCCCCCUCACAUUGCCCAAAGGCAGCACACAGGCCGACAGCAGACUUUUCCCAGAACUGUGUUAGCACAGAGGAACGCCACAAUAGAAGAUUCUCUUAAUGUUUGUGAUGGAGCUUCUCACUGUCACAUCAGUCUGGAAGCAGACAGACGUGAAUCUUCAGCAUCCAGUUGCUUGUCUCUACACAGUGACAUCUCCAUAGGUCUGCCUCCUUGUAUGAAAGAUGGAACAGUAUAUCCUAUCACCAGUCUGGAAGCAGACAGACGUGAAUCUUCAGCAUCCAGUUGCUUGUCUCUACAAAGUGACAUCUCCAUAGGCCUCCCUCCUUGUUUGAAAUAUGGAACAGUAUCUCCUAUCACCAGAGUGCAAGAAGAAGAGUCCCCGAACAAGGGAGAGGGAGUAGCACCCUAUGUCAUAAGGUGUUUGGGGUAUAGGCCACAGUCACCAUCUCCUAGCCACACAUCCACAGAGAGUGACAGCUCUCUAGAAAAGUUCCCCAACUCUGACCAAGCAACAUCACAACAUCAGCCUAGACGUCUAUCCUCUGGGUCUCUUUGGAGUUUGGGGUCCCUAGCUUCUCAUAUCCCAUCGGAGGAAACAGUUGUCCCCUCACAAAAUACCUCAGCAAACAUACAGAGGGCCAUAGAGGGCCAUAAGGCCAGUUUGAAGAAGAGGUUUGAGGUCAUGCCUGGGGGGUCCACAAAACUCAGCUGUGAUGUGCCAUUCCACGCCAUCUACACAGAGCUCUACAUCACAGCAGGAGACAGUCAGGGAAUCAACAUAGAGCACGAGGUCCAGCAGACUGAGAUGAUGCACAGGAGACAGGCAAUGCCUCCAGAUGAGGCAAUCAACUGCAGCGACAUCUUCAGACCGCUACGGGGAGAGCAGAGGCCCAUCAGAAGAGUCAUGACCAAAGGCAUCGCUGGGAUUGGGAAGACCAUGUCUGUGCAGAAGUUCAUUCUGGACUGGGCCGAAGGGCGAGCUAAUCAGGAUGUGGAUUUCAUUUUUUUGCUUCCCUUCCGCGAGCUGAAUCUGAUGUGUGGUGUGCAGCAUAGCCUCCACAGUCUUCUGGUGGAGCUCUUCGAAGAGUUCCAAGCCCUGGAAGAUUUGGAGGUUUACAAGGCAUGCAAACUCCUGUUUAUCUUUGACGGUCUGGAUGAGUCUAAACUCCGUCUGGACUUCCAGGAGAUGGAGGUGUGUGACGUGAACAAGGCAGCGACAGUUUCAGCACUAGUGACGAACCUCAUCAAAGGUCACCUUCUCCCCACUGCUCUGAUUUGGGUGACCUCACGACCAGCAGCGGCCAGUCAGAUACCUGCCCUUUACAUUGACCAGGUGAUGGAGCUCAGGGGGUUCAGUGAUGCGCAGAAGGUCAAAUUCUUGAGAAGCAGAGUUGCCAACCAAAGGCUGGCUGACAAAAUCAUUGCCCAUGUCCGGGCAACACGCACGCUUUUCAUCAUGUGCCACAUCCCUGUCUUCUGUUCGUUCAUUGCCACUGUGUUUCAGCAAAUCUUGAACAAGAAACCCAUCAGGGACAUUCCUCACACACUUACUCAGAUCUUCACAGAGUUUGUCAUCACACAGAUCAACACGCGACAAUCACAAGAGUCCAGCAGAGAGGCUAUAUUGAAGUUGGCGAAGCUGGCCUUCACUUAUCUACAGAGUCAACAAUUUAACUUCUAUGAGGAGGAUCUCAGAGAGUGUGGAAUUGACACAAGGGAUGCCUCUGUGUUCUCAGGGUUAUGCAUAGAGAUCAUCAAAGAGGAGUCGGUCGGUCGUGGAAAGCGGACCUACUGCUUUUUGCAUCUGACCAUUCAGGAGUUUCUUGCAGCUCUUCAUGUGAUCCACUCCUUUGUCACUAAAAAUGCAAAGGUUCUGGAGUCUUUUCACCUUCUCGUGUCUGAUAAGAAAAUGGACCUGUAUGACCUGCUGAAGGCUGCAGUGGAUAAGUCCUUGCAGAGCGAACAUGGACACCUGGAUCUUUUUCUCCGUUUCCUCCUGGGACUUUCGCUCGAGCCCAACCAGAAGCUCCUACAAAGCCUGCUUAAAGGCACACGCAGUCGAGCCUCUGACAUCACAAAGAAAAUCACUGAGUACAUGGACCAGAUAUUGAAAGCACAAAUACGCAAGAGAACCAUCACUUACAUUAAAGAGCUCAGAGGGGAGAACCUCUCACCCGAAAGGUGCAUCAACCUCUUCCAUUGCUUGAUUGAGAUGCGGGACUUCUCCAUGCAGGAUGAAAUCCAAGAGUACCUAAAAUCAAAGAGGUGCGUGGAAUUCAACCUCUCUCCGGCCCAAUGCUCGGCUCUGGCAUAUAUGCUCCAGAUGUCCGAGGAGCCGCUAGACGAACUGGACCUGAGGCAGUACAACACCACAGACGAGGGCCGCAAAAGACUAGUACCAGCAGUACGGUGGUGCAGGAGGGCUCGGUUGGAUUGCUGUAAACUGACAGUGAAAGCCUAUCAGACUGUGGUCCUUAGCCUGCAGUCACUGGGUUCACAACUGAGUGAGCUGGACCUGAGCUACAACAGCCUGCAGAACUCGGGGCUUAAGCUGCUUGCUCAGGGGCUACUGAGUCCUCAUUGUAAACUGCAAACGCUCAGUUUGGUUGGCUGUCACUUUACAGAAUUGUCCUCCUCGACAAUAGCCUCAGUUCUCCAGUCUGAACACUCUGCUCUGAGAGAGCUGGAUCUGAGCGACAAUGAACUACAGGACUCAGGAGUGGAACACCUCGCUGCUGGUCUGAAGAGUCUCAACUGUAAAGUACACAUAUUGAGGUUAUCCACAUGUCUUGUGUCUACCAGAGGCUGUGCAGCCCUGGCUGCAGCGCUCACCUUUAACCCCUUUCAUCUAAAAGAGUUGGACCUGAGCUACAAUUACCCAAGAACUUCUGGAGUGGAGCAGCUCUCGGCUAGACUUCAAGAUUCUGACUGUGCUCUGGAGACCCUCAAUGUCAAGCAUGCUGGAAGGUACCGUUUGCUGUCAGCACCACAGAGAUAUUUCUACAAGCUGCAUUUAGACCCCAACACGGCUCAUAGGAACUUAACACUGUCUGAGCGGAACCAGAAAGUGACUAGGGGGCCAGCUCAGCCCUACCCAGACCACCCAGAGCGCUUUGACUGCUGGCCCCAGGUGCUGUGCAGGGAGCCUCUGACCGGACGCUGCUACUGGGAGGUUGAGUGGACUGGGACAGCUGCCAUUGGAUUUACUUGCAAAGGCAUAAGGAGGAAGGGAGGAGGAGACGAUGUGGUGCUGGGACACAAUCCUAAAUCAGUGACUCUGUACUGUAACGAGAAGGGCUACUCUGUGUACCAUGGUAAGAGGAAGACCGAGAUCGAGUUCCCCCCGUAUGAGUGCAAUAGGGUUGGGGUGUUUCUGGACUGGCCGAAUGGCUUGGUGUCCUUCUACAGAGUCUCGUCUGAAGGUUCACUGCUCCUACACACGAUAUAUUCCAGCUUUAACAAGCCACUGUACGCAGGGUUCACACUAUACCCCUCAGACACAAUCAUCUCUUUGUGCAGAAUGAAGGUGUGACUAGGCACACACAUACACACAGAUAUUUCGAAUCACCAUUUCUAGGAUGCAGUGAUCAUUUUGACACACUUCUCAAAAAAGGUCAAUCAUGAAAAUGAGUAAUUUGUGUGCAGUGAUUUCAAACCCUUAGUUUGCACUUUAUUUGUAUAUAACUGAAGCACGUGUAGCAUAGCAUGUCAAGAUAAUUUUCCAUUUUGAUUGAUGUAAUGGAGGCCUACGGUAAUUGUAUGCUAUAGUGUGCAUUGUUUGUUUUUUAUUUUAUUUUAUCUGGUUGUAUGCAUGAAAUGUCCAAAAUAUGUAGUAAUUUUUGUAUAUAAUUUGUAAACAUUGUCAAAUAUUGUGACUUUGACCACCUCAGUAUCAUGUAUGACUCAUCUCCAAUAUCAAUAUUUCACUGCUUUCUCCAUUGUGCUCACCACCUUAUGCUAGCCAGAUAACUUGCUUAUACAAGCCCACAUCCUAACAUCGUCUUAAUUGUUCAACUAACUAUGAGCCUAUCAUAAAUAUGGUAACUGAG